AGCAGACCUUUUUCCCAAAUCCCUAUACUCAGAGAGGAGCAGCCACCAAGAUCGGUAUUUCUAGCGAUGGAGAAACUAUCGCAUACGGUUCUGGAACCAAUGUUAUUAUCCGGAGUGUCAAAAAUCCUACUCAAGGCUUUGUGUACUACGACCACAGAAAGCGUGUAACAUAUCCUGCACACUCCUGAGUAAAAAGCUCCAGGUUUCUUAACAUCACUGUUGUUCGCUUCAAUAACAACAAUCAUUAUAUGGCUUCUGGAGAUAUUGAAGGAAAGCUGCGUGUGUGGGCUUUGGAUAAUGACGAGCAUCCUCUAAAGAAAGAGAUUGUAUCGGGAGGUCUAGAGAUCCGUGACUUGAUGUGGGAUAGUGAGAAUAAGCGCAUCGCCUUCUGUGGAGAAGGCCGCGGCAGAACGAUUCGUGCAGUGACCUGGGACAUGGGCUCAGACUUGGGUCAGUUUUCGGGUCAUUCUCGUGGUGUGAACAGCGUGGAUUUCCGUCCUUGCCGUCCGUUCCGCCUUGUGAGUUCUUCGGAUGAUAUGCUGGUUUCGUUCUACCAGGGUCCGCCCUUCAUCUUCGAUCAUUCGGAUCCUCAUCACAAGAACUUCGUGCAUGCAGUCCGAUAUUCUCCGGAUGGUGCUUUCUUUGUCUCUGUGAGUGGAGAUAAGACGAUCAACGUGUUCGAAGGCAAGACGGGGCAAUAUCUGCGCACGCUGAACGCUGAGAACGGACACACGAAGGGUCUGUACGGAGUAGGCUGGGACAGCGACUGCCAGCACGUUUACACGGCUUCGGCGGACUGUACAAUCAAGUACUGGGACGUGAACACGGGCGUUUGCGAAGCCACGCUUCCGAUCGGAGACGGCAAAUCCCUGGACUACAACCUCCUGGGACUGGAUUGUCUGGGAGAUCUCCGCGUGGCGGUCUCGCUCAACUCGGAUAUCAACCUGAUCGAGAAGGGAGCGACUGGUUAUACGACGCUCGUGGGCCACCAGGGUCCCGCCAACACGUGCAGUUAUUCUCGGAAUAUGGGAAGCGUGCUCUCGGGUGGAAGCGAUGGCCGUGUGAUUGAGUGGACGCAGGGACGCGGCCGUCUGAUUACGCGCCACAAAGGAAACUGCAAUGGGGCGGUCGAGUCCAACGGCGUGUGUGUGUCGAUCGGAUGGGACGACACGGUGCGCUUCACCGAUCUGCUCUCGCUGAACGAGCUCAACGCGGUGAAGUUGGAGGAGCAGCCGUUAACAGUGCGCUGUGCAGGCGAUCAAGCCGUCGUUGUUUCGCUCAAGCAUAUCUAUCUCUUCCGAGAGCAUCAACUCGUCGAAACGCUGGCGCUGCCCUCGGAAGCCCACGCAGCGGACAUAGCGGACGAUGGAUUGCUGGCCUGUGUGGCGUUAGAGAAGGAUCGACGCGAGUAUGUGGAAGUGUACGAACUGCGCCAAGAAGGAAUCCGCUAUGCUUGUGCCGUGGCCACGCACGAGCUGGAAUACCACCGAACGAAGAUCAAUGCGCUGCGAAUCUCGCCGGACGAUCGCUACAUCGCUGUGGGCGACGCAGGUCGCGAAAUCAAAGUGUGGGAGGUCGGGAGAGAGGAGCCCGUGAUCACACGCAAAUGGCUGGCUCAUCAGAGCACGGUGACGACGAUCAGUUGGUCUCCGGAAGGAGAUCGACUUGUCUCAGGAUCGGUGGAUGGACGCAUCGUUGUGUGGAACAUGAAUGCGCCGAGAGAAAUCCACGAACGACCCGGCCAACACCCGGGAGGCGUGUUCUGCGUGGAAUGGACCGACAACAAUGUGGUUUAUUCGUGCGGAGAUGAUGCCUGCAUCCGUGAAACACAACUGGUGAUGUGGAAUGUUUGUUUCAAUAAACAAUACACAUAUCAAACUAGAGUUAACACACAGAAACGGACUCACCAUUAG